AUGUCCGACUCGGAUGUUCUUCAGUCUGCGGUGCGCGUCCCCACGCCUCCUCCAGGCGUGUCGGGCUCACCAGCGGCAACCUCCCGGAAACGAUCGCCUCCGUCUCGUUCUCCUUCACCAAACCGCCGUCGAUCGCCUCCUGGUGACUCUAGUCGGAAUGACUCCAACGCCCCCAAUGGCGAUGCCGAGCGUGUCGAUGACAGGGAGCGACAACUCGCCGAGCGCGUUCGCGAACAUGAAAAGCGCGAAGCAGCGCGCAAGCCGAUGACCGAGGAGCAAAAGCAGGCUUCUGCUAAGGCAGAAUACGAAAAGCUCCUCAACAUGCGAUCGGGUGGUACCUAUAUUCCCCCGGCCCGUCUCCGUGCCUUGCAAGCCCAAAUCACGGACAAAACGAGCAAGGAAUAUCAGCGCAUGGCAUGGGAAGCCUUGAAAAAGUCGAUCAAUGGUCUUAUCAAUAAGGUCAACGUUUCAAACAUCAAGUUCAUCGUGCCGGAACUCUUUGGUGAAAAUUUGGUGAGGGGCCGAGGACUCUUCUGCCGGUCAAUCAUGAAAGCGCAAGCGGCUAGUUUGCCCUUCACGCCUAUUUAUGCAACCAUGGCAGCGAUCGUGAACACCAAGCUCCCUCAAGUCGGUGAUUUAUUGCUGUCUAGGUUGGUUGUCCAGUUCCGGAAGGCGUUUAAGCGAAACGAUAAAGCAGUCUGUAUCUCGUCUACAACAUUCAUCGCGCAUCUUUGCAAUCAGCAGGUUGCCCAUGAGAUGCUGGCAGCCCAGGUCUUGCUGCUUCUCUUGCACAAGCCAACCGACGACAGCGUGGAAAUCGCUGUAGGGCUUACGCGGGAAGUUGGGCAGCAUCUGGAGGAGAUGAACGCCCCGAUUGCUCUCGCCGUGUUUGAUCAAUUCCGAAACAUCUUGCAUGAGGCGGACAUCGAUAAGCGUGUGCAAUACAUGAUCGAGGUGCUCUUCCAAGUGCGCAAAGAUCGCUACAAAAACAACCCAGCUAUCAAAGAGGAAUUGGAUCUCGUGGAAGACGAAGAUCAGAUUACCCACCGUGCUGGUCUCGACGAUGACCUUGACACCCAGGACAUGCUCAACAUCUUCAAGUAUGACCCAGAAUGGGAGGAACACGAAGAGGCCUACAAGAAAUUGAAAGCCGAAAUCUUGGGCGAAGACAGCGACGAGGAAGACGAAGACGGCUCGGAUGAAAGUGAAGAUGAGGAGUCCGAUGCCGAGGAAGUACAGAUGGACAUCAAGGAUCAGAGUAAUACCAACUUGGUCAAUCUCCGACGAACGAUCUACCUCACCAUCAUGUCCAGCAUUGAUUUCGAGGAAUGUUGCCACAAAUUGAUGAAGAUUAACCUGCCGGCCGGGUUAGAGCACGAACUUCCGUCCAUGAUCAUAGAAUGUUGCUCUCAGGAACGUACCUACUCCAAGUUCUACGGCCUGAUUGGAGAACGCUUCGCCAAAAUCAACCGUCUUUGGUCCGACCUCUUUGAGGCCGCCUUUGCCAAAUACUACGACACCAUCCAUCGUUAUGAGACCAACAAACUUCGCAACAUUGCGCAGUUCUUCGGCCACUUGAUCAGCAAUGAUGCCAUUGGCUGGCAUGUUUUGUCUGUCAUCCAUCUCAACGAAGAGGAGACCACAUCUAGCAGCCGUAUCUUCAUCAAGAUUCUCUUCCAGAAUCUUGCAGAGAACCUUGGCCUGCCUGGCCUACAAACUCGUUUCAGAGAUGAGAUUCUUCGCUCAAGCUUCGAGGGUCUUUUCCCCACCGAGAAUCCUCGACACACUCGAUUCUCUGUCAAUUACUUCACCAGUAUCGGCAUGGGUGUAUUGACAGAGGACAUGCGCGAGCAGCUGAAGAACGCUCCUCGCCCCGCAGUCCCUGCGCUCCCCGCGCGUGCUUCUCGAAGUCUGUCGCGCACCCCGUCCGAUCGCUCACGCUCACGUUCUAUGUGCUCAACAUGCACCGGAUCUCCACACUCCCGCCGCUCCCGGUCUCCUUCAUACUCCCGCUCCCCCUCCCGAGGUCGAAGCCGCUCCUACUCCCGCUCACUUACACCUUCUUCCCGAAGCCGGAGCCGGAGCUAUACCCCCUCCCGAUCCCGAUCUCGAUCCCCGGUUCGCCGUCGCCGUGAUGCGUCCGUCAGCCGAUCUCGUACUCCGGCAGGUCGAUCUCGGUCCCGCUCGUUUUCGCGUACUCCAGCCAAGCGCCGAGCUCGCUCACCCUCUUACGACUCCCGAAGCCCGAGUCGCAGUCGCAGUCGCAGUCGCAGUCCCUACCGCCGCUCGGCUUCGCGGUCUGUCACACCCCCGCGUCGAGGCCAAAGCCCGCGGAGGAACCGCAGCUACACGAGGUCCCUAUCAAGAUCUCGCUCCCCUCCUCGUCGGGAACCUGCAUCUCGGGGAGCGAAGCGGCACUCCGAGUCCGUUUCGCCCCCUCCCCGGCGCGGACGCGAUGAUUCAUACUCUCGCUCGCCUCCUCCCAAGCGGCGGGAUGAAUCACGAGGCAGAAGCUACUCGCGAACACCCCCUCGCCGUAGAUAA